GUUGAGCAAAACCACAGGAGUUAUUCCAACCCAAAUGCACCAGAGAAGUAAGACACAGUCUGAUUUGAUCAGAUCAGGAUGCCCAGAUUCUCAAGUGAGCAGAGUGCUUUGGUUGCAGUACUAUCUGCAUUUUCUUUGCUUCUACUAAUAGUAGUAGUAGUAGUAGUACCUCUACCACUCACCUUUCAUUUGCAACAAAAUCAUCCUUAUUCAACUUCUUCAGCAAUUGAGCCAAGAACAGAGAUAACAAAUGAUCAAAACAUUACUACCUGGAGCUCCUCAUCUUCUCGGCGUAAUCGCCUUCUUCUCAAAGGUGAAGCAACUGCAAAAACAAUGGAACCAAAGCGGAUAUGGGGAGAUCAGAAAUGUACAAAAUCAGACAUAGCAGUGAGUCAAGGCCCAGGGUUGCCUCUGCCUAAUGGGAUACCCACAUACAUAGUGGAGAUAACAAAUCUGUGCUUGAAAGGUUGUAGGAUCUCAAGGAUCCACCUUAGCUGUGGCUGGUUUAGCUCUGCUCGUUUGAUCAAUCCAAAGGUGUUCAAGCGCAUCCACUACAAUGAUUGCCUCCUCAACGACGGCAAGUUCUUCGCCGGCGGCCACUCCAUCUCCUUCAAGUAUGCUAAUUCCUUCUAUUACCCCCUUGCAGUCUCCUCCAUCAAGAUCAUUUGCUAA